CUGCUGCGCCGAGAGAUUGGGAUCGAGGGAGACGCAUUGUCUCUCAAAUUAGACAAAGAUUUGGACUUCAUCCCCGGCCUGUCCGGCCUCAGAGCCCGCGACCUCCCUGAAGGAAUUGUCACCGGCGACAUCACCGGAAAAUUCGCCACCCUCCUCCACAAAAUGGGCCUGGAGCUCCCCAGCGCCACCGCCGUCGCCCUCAACUCCUUCCAAGGCAUCAACCCCGACCUCGAGUCCGACUUCGCCGCAAAAUUCAAGAAAUCCCUCCACGUUGGGCCGCUCAACCUCCUCAACCCGCUGCCGGCGGGAUUUCUGGAUCGGACUGUGGACAGGGGUAUUGUGGUACCGUGGGCCCCGCAGGUGGAUGUGCUGGCCCACGAGGCAGUGGGAGCCUUCGUGACACACUGCGGAUGGAAUUCGGUGCUCGAGAGCAUCACGGGUGGGGUGCCCAUGCUGUGUAGGCCAUUCCUAGGCGACCAGAUGCUGAACGCCCGUGCGGUGGCGCACGUGUGGAGGGAUCGAAAUGAUUAA